CGGCCGCCCGGCGCCAUGGGCAGCGUCAGCAGCCUCAUCUCCGGCCACGGCUUCCACAGCAAGCACUGCCGGGCUUCCCAGUACAAGCUGCGCAAGUCUUCCCACCUCAAGAAGCUCAACCGGUACUCGGACGGGCUGCUCAGAUUCGGCUUCUCGCAGGACUCGGGUCAUGGCAAGUCCAGCUCCAAGAUGGGAAAGAGUGAAGACUUUUUCUACAUCAAAGUCAGCCAGAAGGCCCGGGGCUCCCACCACCCCGAUUACACUGCACUGUCCAGUGGAGACUUAGGGGGCCAAGCUGGGGUGGACUUUGGCCCAUCUACCCCACCCAAACUCAUGCCCUUCUCCAAUCCGCUAGAAAUGGCCUCAGAGAAGGGUGCAGCGCGGCCCACAGCCUUCAAGCCCGUGCUGCCACGAUCGGGAGCCGUCCUGCACACCUCCCCCGAGAGCGCCGGCCACCAGCUGCACGCCGCCCCUCCAGACAGGCCCAAAGAGCAGGAGCUGAAGCCCAGCCUGUGUUCCGGGGCUCUGUCUGACUCUGGCCGCAACUCCAUGUCCAGCCUGCCCACACACAGCACCAGCAGCAGCUACCAGCUGGACCCGCUGGUCACAGCCAUGGGACCUGCCAGUCGUUUCGGGGGCUCAGCCCACAACAUCACCCAGGGCAUCCUCCUCCAGGACAGCAACAUGAUGAGCCUGAAGGCCCUGUCCUUUUCUGAUGGGGGCAGCAAGCUGGCCCACCCGAGCAAGGCGGACAGGGGCUCCUCGUGCGUGCGCUCGCCCAUCUCCACAGACGAGUGCGCCAUCCAGGAGCUCGAGCAGAAGCUGCUGGAGAGGGAGGGAGAGCUGCAGCAGCUGCGGCGCAGCUUCGAGGGGCAGGAGCCGGCCCCCAGCCAGGCCUACGAGGAGCGGCCGUGGCGCUCCCAGGAGGAGCCGGAGGGCCCGGAGCCGCGCAGCAAGCUGAAGGCAGCCCCGCAGAAGAGCCAGCGCACUCAGCAGGUGCUGCAGCUGCAGGUGCUCCAGCUGCAGCAGGAGAAGCGGCAGCUGCGGCAGGAGCUCGAGAGCCUCAUGAAGGAGCAGGACCUGCUGGAGACCAAGCUGCGGUCCUACGAGAAGGAGAAGACCAGCUUCGCCCCCGCGCUGGAGGAGACCCAGUGGGAGGUGUGCCAGAAGUCAGGCGAGAUCUCUCUGCUGAAGCAGCAGCUGAAGGAAUCCCAGAUGGAGGUCAAUGCCAAGGCCAGUGAGAUCCUCAGUCUGAGGGCACAGCUGAAGGACACGCGGGGCAAGCUGGAGGGCAUGGAGCUGAAGACGCGGGAUUUGGAGAGCGCUCUGCGCACCAAGGGCCUGGAGCUGGAGGUCUGUGAGAACGAGCUGCAGCGCAAGAAGAACGAGUCAGAGCUCCUGCGGGAGAAGGUGAGCCUGCUGGAGCAGGAGCUGCAGGAGCUGCGGGCCCAGGCCACCCUGCAGCGGGACUGCGUGUCCCGGGGGCUGGGGCUGGGGCCCGCGCCGGGGGCCGCCUUCUCUGCAGACAGCCCUGCCCUGCAGCGGGAGUUAGAGCGGCUGCGGGCUGAGCUGAAGGAGCAGCGGCAAGGCCACGACCAGAUGUCCUCCGGCUUCCAGCACGAGCGGCUGGUCUGGAAGGAGGAGAAAGAGAAGGUGAUCCAGUACCAGAAGCAGCUGCAGCAGAGCUACCUGGCCAUGUACCAGCGGAACCAGCGCCUGGAGAAGGCCCUGCAGCAGCUGGCCCACAGGGACGGUGCAGGGGAGCCUUUGGAGAUUGACCUGGAAGGGGCUGACAUCCCCUAUGAGGACAUCAUAGCCACCGAGAUCUGAGAGGCCUCCUGGGAGAAGGAGAGCUGGGACCUGGCGCUGGGGGGCAGC